CUGUCAAUCAAGUUGGAAAAAAAUAUAUGAAAGUUUAAAAAGUCAUCGAAAUUGAAGGCAAAAUGCAUUAAAAUACCAUAAACGAUGAAAGAAAAAUUUAAAGUAGGAAAUCGACUUUCCUGUAAAAUUGAGCAAGCGGCACAAAACUUUUUACUAUUGUCAUAUAAAUCGUCUGGUGUGUGUUAUAGAGGUGUUUUGAUUAAUGAAAACUGUUCCACUGUACAAAGAGAAAUUCCUGAUGGGUUUUUUCCUAAAAAAGCAUUGCUUAGUCAAGAGACUACAGAUAACUUAAUUCAUGAAAUAACACACCGUGACCUUGACACAACAUCAAAAAGUACGCGAAGUAAAAAACUGAAGCAAUCAUGCAUUGUACUCGAUGAUUAUGAUCUUGAUCCGCAACACACGUGUCAAAAAUCUCCAAUCGACUCGAUACGUGGACUAGUUGAAAGUAUCAAUUCCAGCAAAGAGCUUGCAUUGUUGCCAUUGUUUGUUCAAAAUAAGGAACCAAUAAAACCAAGUGUAGAGUCAAAGUGGCUAACUAGACGUAUUGAGCCAAAACCUUCUGUCAAAUUAGUACCUUUGAAAGCGCCAAGUAAAGUUGAGCCAAAAAGUGUUUCUGUUCGAAAAGAUAUCAAGUUGACAUUAAAUAAAAUAAAUGCAAAUAAAUUACCAUUAAUGCAAAUAACAAAAAUAAAGACUGGUGAAUUAAGUCAGUCUAGCGAAUCCAUUGACAACAUUUCUGAAAAAUCCCCUGAAAAUAUUCUAAAUAUUUCCACUGAGAAAAUUUUAAUAAACCAAAAAGUUAAAUCAGAUGCCAAAGUUUUUUCAGAAUUUGUUAAUACUACCCCUCAAAAUGAAGUACUAUCUGUGAAUACCCAUGAAGACUUUAAUAAACGUUCUCUUCAUAUUUUUGACAGCAAAAAGAAUUUGAUUAAUACUUAUCACAAUUCUCAAUUUGACUUGCGACUUAAUAAGGAUUGUAUAGUGAAUAAAUUAACAGAAGAAAGCAAAGCUACAUUUAGUCAAGCGAAUCCAAUAUCGAGUUCAAGUUUAGUUCAAACCUCUCAAAAAAAUUUUUCACCUCUCGGAUCUAACUCAAGAUUGUCUAAAGAUAAUUUCACAAUUGAUGUCUCCAAAAUUAAUGAAAUAAAAGGAAAAUCUUUGCCUAAAGUUGAUUCACCUAAAAAAGUUCCAAAAAUUGUAAUUACAAAAGGCAAACGCUUAGAACAAGUUUGCAGAGCAGUAGAAAAAAUUAACUUAGCUAAUACAAAAGCAAAGCGUCAACUUGAAAAAACUGAAAGUGAUCAUGAAUUAGAACCUCCGAAAAAAACAACUAGACAAGUGAAAAUUGUUGAUCGUGUUACACAUGCAGUAAAAGAAACCAGUACCAAUAUUCUGCAGUUAGACAAUAUUAAAGAUGAAAUCCCUGUCUCAAAGCUUUCUUUGAGUGCUGAUUACAAAGUUUUUCCAAAAGUAGGUAUAGAGUUAUCUGUCAUUAAAAAUCGUCACAAAAGUCAAAUGAAGAGAUAUUUACUUUCGAGAAAAAAUGGAGUUCAACACAAGGAACAUUCAAUACAAACUCAAAUAGGCGAAGAUGACAAUGCAGAGAAAAUAAAAAGUAAUUCAGUUAACACCACACCAUCUAAAAAUAAAUCUAAACCUAAGCGCAUUGAUCCAAUCACAAUAGCAUUAAACAAUAUUCGUAAAUAUGAUUCAGUUCGUAAGUUAAGAGGAAAGAAUUUAAGAAGUACUUUCAAUUUAGAUGACGACAUUCUAAGUAAAAGAAAGAAACGGAGAAGUUUAAGAGCAUCAGCUAUUGCAAAACGCAAAGCUUUAGCUCAGAGCAUGAAGCCGUUAAAAAGCAAAGUUUCAGAUAGUUUCGCAGUUUCUGACGAAGCCAAUUCAAGCUCUUUAAAAUCUCCUAUAGAUUUAAAGGGUAAUGAUGCUAUUAGAAAAUUUAGUUUACGUAAAGUAAAUGAACGGAAUUUAAGAACUCUAAAGUGUAAAUCAAACGUUAAGUCCUUUUCCUUAGAUAUUCGAAAAUCUCACAAUCUAAAGGGAGUAGAAAAACCUCUAAGAAAUAUUAUAGGCUCUUCUAAGAAUCAAGAUUUAGAUAACGAUCGUUUAUCAAGCCUAAAUUGUAAACUCGAAAAAGACACAAAAGAUCAAAUAAAAUCGAGCAAACAAAAAAAUGAAAUCCAAAACCACUUGUUGUCUGACGUAAGUAUUUAUGAUGUAAUAUCCAACAAAGAGUUGUGUGUUACAGACAGUGCUACAGAAAAAAAAAGUGAUAAUUUGAAUGAUGUGCUGAGUUUAAGCAAUGCCUCUUCAAAGCAAAGUUUACUUUAUAACAAAGUUCAAAAGAAUGAUAUAUUGCCUGACGAAACUACGACAUAUUUGGAUGAUAAAUAUAAUACCAUAAAAAACUCUCUUGAAAAUGUUUCCGUUAAAAAUAGUAAAGUUAAUUUGUUUUUGGAUAAAGAUAAUCAUCACGAAGACCAGCAGAUUAAUGACCUCGACUUAUUUUGUCAUGAAACUGAUUUAUCCCCUGAACCUACUUUAAGCAAUGUUCCUCGUGUUAAAAAUAGACGUAAACCAGUAAAAGUAUUUAAGUCUUUACCUAAUCCUGCAGAAUCGGACAUUCUCAAAGAAAAUAAGGAAUCGAACUGCGAUGAAGCGCCUGAUAAGUAUAUUAAUAACACUGUGAAUCAAUUUGCUCUAUUUGUAGGUGAAACAAAAGAUUCCUCUAACAAAAUUGGUGUUAAAGAAGUUAAAGUGAGCAAGGAGAGUAAAGAUUCAAAAAAGGAUGUUUGUUAUGAUUACAGUGUAGAAAUAGAUUCUUUUAUUUCACCAAAACGUAAUUUAUUUAAACUCCGUCCUCGUUUAUUACCUAAUAUGAAAUUUCCACUCCAGCGUGUGUCUUCUGUAUUUGAAGUCGAUGUUGAAGAAGAAGAAAUUGAACUCAAUAAAUCCGCAACCAAAAAUUCCUCUGAUCAAAUUCAGAACGUGGCAUCUAAAAAUUUUGAAAGUGAUGUCGAAGAUGCAUCGAUUGAUGAUGUAUCAAAAUUUAUAGAAUUUAAUAACAAAAGCGAACAAAUUCCUGAAAAAAAAACUUUAUACCACCGAAUAGUUGAACAACAAAAAUUAUUAAAACCUUUAACUCGAAGUAAAGAAGAAAUUCGAAUUGGCGAUGUUGUAUGGGGUAGAUGUCACGGGUAUGGAUGGUGGCCCGGGCUUGUUAUUUCGCUAGAAGCAUGUGUUGAAUCAUCUUCUGAUAGAAAAGCGCAUGUUAAUUGGUUAAACUCUACCACUCAAUCAAAAAUGACUUGUAAAGAUUUGAAUCUGUUUAUUCCUCACUUUGAAAAGCAUUUUAAAAGAAAAUCUUCAAAAACUUUAAAAAUGGCCGUCAUUGAGGCGCAAAAAGCGUGUGAAGCAAAAUAUGGUAUUUUGUAAUGUAAUAACGUUAUUUCUUUAAUAAUUAUAAGUUUUAUAAAGACACAGAUUCACUUGAAGACUUUCGACUUAAUGACGUUUGAUUUCUCGAUAUCUAUCGAUAAAUCAAUACCAAUAUUUUUAACAUAAUUUAUUAAGCACAUGAAAUUUAUUUAUUAAGCAUAGCCGCAUGCGUAAUUAAAUUAUUUUAUGUUGUGAUUUUUAGUUUUAUCUUUUAACUGAAAAUUAAAUGAUUCUCCCUUUUACCGGUAAAACUGAUUUAUAAAGAAAAAAUCCUCUGUUAUUUUUUUAAUAAAAUGAUUGUAUAAUAAAAGCAGGUUUGUUUUAAAAUUUAUUACUUACAAGUAGUAGCUUUAUUAGCGUUAUUACAUAUAAGUCCACAUAGCAUAUAUAUUCUUAAAUAUAUAUUACUACUACAUAUGUUUAUUAUUUAACAUUCUAAAGAAAGGUCUUCAUUUUUUUUGGUGGUCCAAGGCCCGAUUCUGUACUGUCUGGUGCACAAGGUUGAUGCUGCAUUGUCUGGUGCACUUGAUGUUGAUGUGUAUUUAAUUUUUACUUCUCUUGUUAUGAAAAACGUUUUUCUUUUCCAGUACCAUUGUGUUUUUUCCCAAAAUGUACACCAGUUGUGUUAUAAAUGUUUAUCAAAAUUUUCUUUUUCAGUAGUAUUGUGUUUUUUCCCAAAAUGUACACUGUUUCAUAAAUGUUCAUCAAAAUUUUCUUUUUCAGUAGUAUUGUAUUUUUUUCCCAAAAUGUACACUGUUUCAUAAAUGUUCAUCAAAAUUUUCUUUUUCA